AUGGCGCUUAGCUCGUGGGUUGCGCUAGAAAACGAAAGGACUGCGUUGCCUUAUAACAGAUCUCUACGGAUAGACGACUUCGAUCUUGGAGCCCUUGAAAACUUUAGUAAAUUCGGGCUUUCUUGUUACAGCCAUAUGCAUGAGAAAUUUUGUAUACCCGAAAAUGAAUGCAUAAUCAAGUUGAAAACGACGGAGGAUGUAAGAAUUACUACACAGUUAACCAAUUACAAUGAUCGACUGAAAAACCUGUCCGAAUAUGUUUUCAUGCAGAGGGAUGAUGACAUCAUCUCCUUCAUUAUUAACUUCCCGGCUUCUGGCUAUUACAAGUUUGAGAUAUAUGCUCUGCCGGCAGACGCCGAACAUAAGACCCUGCCAAACGUUUUUAAUUAUUUCAUCAAAGUGGACCAUGCGACAACAGCUGCACACGUCUACCCCAAGCAAUAUGCUCAUUGGCAAGGCGGCUGCUAUCUGUACGAACCACUCGUCCUCGACUCGACCUCUGAUCUUCAAAAUGCCAAUUUCAAGGUCCACAUCCCCAAUGCUACAAAGGCGGCGAUCGUUGUUGAACAUAAUGGAAAGGUUUGGCACCAUUUGCAGUUAAAGGGACGGGACUUUGGGGGCUCGGUUGCUCUGGAUCAUUAUGGAAAUGAAGACGUCAAGGUGAUGUUAAAUGCUAAUUAUGGGGAGAGUGACACAUAUGCAACGCUCCUGGAGUACACGAUUUUUAAUACAUCACCAAUAGAAGACGAAAAGAAAGUUGUGGCGUAUGACUCAUGGCCACGGAUAGAAGGCCACUAUAUUGGAGCCCUUGAAAACUUUAGUAAAUUCGGGCUUUCGUGUGACAGCCAUCAGCAAGAGCUAUUUUCUGUACCCGACAAUGAAUGCGAAAUCAGUCUGAAAACGAUGGAGGAUGUUAAAGUUACCGUGCAGUUAAUCGAUUGCAAUGACCAAUCGAAAAACCUGUCCGAUUACGUUUUCACACAGAGGAAGGGUGACACCAUCUCCUUUAUCAUCAACUUUCCCGAACCUGGCUUCUUCCAGUUUGAAAUAUUUGCUCUGCCCGCAUCCGAUGAAGAGAAGACGCUGCUUAACGUUUUUAAUUAUUUGAUCAAAGUGGACCAGGCGACAAAAGCAGCAAAUAUCUUCCCCAAGCAGUAUGCUCAGUGGAAAGGUUGCUGCUACCUGUACGAACCACUCGUCCUCGACUCAUCCUCUAAUCUCCAAAACGUCAAUUUCAAGGUCAACAUCCCCAAAGCUAAAAAGGCGGCGAUCGUUGUUGACGGCACGAAUUGGCGCCAUUUAGAAUUAAGGGAAGAGAACUUCGAGGGCUCUGUUGAUCUGGAAAAGGGUGUCACGGUCACGUUAAAUGCUAAUUACGGGGUCACUGACGCUUAUGCACCUCUACUGGAGUACACGAUUUAA